UCUUUGUAUUUUUUUCUUCUCUGUUUGAUAGAGUUUGCAGAAAAGAAAUAUCUUUGUUUCAAUAUAUAUUUGCUUGGGGAAGAAUCAAUAUGGCGCUUCUUGCAGAUCUUGUUAAUCUCAAUCUCUCCGACUGUACUGACAAAAUCAUUGCCGAAUACAUCUGGAUUGGGGGAUCUGGCAUGGACCUCAGAAGCAAAGCAAGGACCCUUUCUGGCCCUGUUACCGAUCCUUCAAAGCUCCCCAAGUGGAACUAUGAUGGUUCCAGCACUGGCCAAGCUCCAGGAGAAGACAGUGAAGUGAUCUUAUAUCCUCAAGCUAUAUUCAGAGACCCAUUCAGGAGGGGCAACAAUAUUCUUGUUAUGUGCGAUGCUUACACACCAGCCGGUGAGCCUAUCCCCACAAACAAGAGAUGCAACGCUGCAAAGAUAUUCAGCCAUCCCGAUGUUGCAGCCGAAGAACCCUGGUAUGGAAUUGAGCAGGAGUAUACCUUGUUGCAGAAAGAUGUUCAAUGGCCACUCGGAUGGCCUCUCGGUGGCUAUCCUGGACCUCAGGGUCCUUAUUAUUGUGGCGUUGGCGCGGACAAAGCCUAUGGCCGUGACAUUGUGGAUUCUCACUACAAAGCUUGCUUAUAUGCUGGAAUCAAUAUCAGUGGCAUCAAUGGAGAAGUGAUGCCAGGACAGUGGGAAUUUCAAGUUGGUCCGGCAGUCGGCAUCUCUGCCGGAGAUGAAUUGUGGGUGGCACGUUACAUUCUGGAGAGGAUUACUGAGAUUGCUGGAGUGGUGCUCUCAUUUGAUCCUAAGCCAAUCCAGGGAGACUGGAACGGUGCCGGCGCUCACACAAAUUACAGUACAAUGUCCAUGAGAAGUGAUGGAGGUUACGAGGUUAUCAAGAAAGCAAUUGAAAAGCUUGGGCUAAGGCACAAGGAACACAUUGCUGCCUAUGGAGAAGGCAACGAGCGCCGUCUCACCGGAAGGCACGAGACCGCCGACAUCAACACUUUCUUAUGGGGUGUUGCAAACCGUGGAGCAUCGAUUCGUGUUGGUCGAGACACCGAGAAAGCCGGAAAAGGGUAUUUUGAAGACAGGAGGCCGGCUUCGAACAUGGAUCCAUAUGUUGUCACUUCCAUGAUUGCAGAAACAACCAUCUUGUGGAAACCAUGAGGGGCAGAAUGAAGCCCGUCUCUCCUUCCAUGGCAAAAUCAGAGGAAAGGACUUAGUUCCCCCCCCCCCCACCACCACCCCCAUAGGAUACACUAAUUUCAUCGCCAAGUGUUUUAGGUUUCUCGUCAUUUUCAUGGUUGGGCUUUCCUUUUAAUUUGAGCUAGCAAGGUUGUUUCCACUGCUUCCUUGCAAUUACGGUUAUCAUGUGUUAAAUAAAUGAGAAUGCUUAUUAUGCUAUUAAUAAUGGACUGGAUUUUCAGUUUCAAAAUCAGCUAAAUGUUUGUCUUU